AUGGUCCCAUGGUCUGUCACGAUGCGGCCGAGGCUAGCGCUGAAUUGUGUCCUCGCGAUGGGCCUCUUUACCUGCAUCGGUGCAAUCACCGUAUCGAUAGACCGUUCCGAUAACAAACCACCACCUACGCGGUCAUCGAUGAUCGCAAACGGCUGGCGACCGCUGACCAACGCCUACGAGGAGACCAUAGGCACGAACGUGUCCCCGUCCAGCAACCUAGAACGAAAUGCACCGCUGCACCCGGUCCUGGGUAAGCUGCAAGAACACAUGGCCGCAUCAGAGAAGCUAAAACCGCAACGAAAGGGUAAACCGUCCUCCCAUCACGACUACAAUCCGCCUAGUAUACUAGGUAGCUUCACGGUUCUCGGUCACGCUGCCGCGAAAGCACGCGGUGAGGCUCAGUCUGGCCACAACCACGCGAAUAAACACAUCGCUUCGGAGACGCGGGAGUACACCUUUCUGAUUCCACCACCGAAAGACGCGUACCGUUUCGACUUGGACCAGCACCGGAAACCCAUUUUACGAGACAGCUCCGCGUACUUGCGGCAGCCACAGUUCGGUCCUCCGCCGGUGCAUCAACCUCCGGAUCCAAUAAAGGCGGCCACGUAUUUUAUCAAGGGAUACACCUCGACUACCAACUCACCGUCGUCUCCAGCAGCCUCCACGAAGAACAGACACUACGCGGAGCCCUACGUGCCGCAGUUGCUCCAACCACCCAGGUACCAGGUGAAGCCCUUCGAGUCGCUGAAGGUGUCCAACAACGCGAAACCGUACUUCCAGCCACCCGGUACAGGCCUGGCCAACGACUUCGGGAAGGACAAGCGGCUAUCCGAUUAUGACCACAGACAGAACUACGAUAAAUACCCUGGACAAGUUCACAACGACCAUAUCAUCAAUCCGGCCAGCACCGGGAACUUCUUCAGUCAAGUGAACCAUCCUCCGCAUAACUACAAGACGACUUACGAGAGAGAUCCCGCGUUCCUGGUACACGAGAGUCACGAGAUCAGUUACAUCACUCCGCCAUCCGUCUACAAUCCUUUCAACUUCAGACCCUCGCUGCCUUAUGAGACUCUCCUUCCUCCGGAUGUGUAUUCGUCCUCCACUCCGGCACCCACCACUCCUCGCACGCAAGAGCCGAACAAGUACCAGCAACAAGCCGGGGAUGCAGUGCAGGAUUACAAGAGGCCAGGUCAGACAAGCACGUCUAAGCAGGUGGAGAGCGGAGUGCAGAGCGAGCUGGUGUCAACAGCAGGCAUCGGUAAUACGUACUACGUGUCGGAGCAUCAAGACCUAACGCCACCACCUGCUGCUUGGCCAGUGCCGAAGAGCAAGUAUCAGUCGGAUAUAAACGAAGUUCUACCUCGAGUGAAUCCUCCGUCCAAGUUCAACCAGGAGCCCAUAGUGUCCAACCAGAUACCGCAGGCUCCAAAGGUGCUGUUCAUUGGGCCCCAGGCGCAGCAACCGCAGUACCAGAGCUCGGUGCUUCCGAUCGAUAUCCGACCGGAGAAUGGAGAGCCGGAAUACGAGACUCCGGAAAGUAUUUCGCUAAAACACUUCAACGAACAGCAAUAUUUGAUCCAGCAACAGUUGCUGCAAAGGGAUCGUCAGAGACUGGCGGAACAGGAGAGGCAACAGCAAUUGGAGGUCGAGAAGCAGCAGCAGCAGGAACUGAAGAAGAGACAGGAGGAGCUGAGACAGUUGUUGCAGCAGCAGAAAGAGGAGGAAGAGACGAGGCUGGCGGUGGAGUCAGCGAGGAAUCAGACGGAACAAUUGGCUAAAGUCACAGAAGAGAAAUCCCCCUACGCGAUUCAGCUGGCUGGAUACGAGAUCCCAAAGGUUACCACGGACCUGGGUGCCGUGAUCACCGAGCAGAGCAGCCCUGGCGAGCAGCCAAAGGUUCAACAGUCUCAGGUAACCGAACCCGACUACGUGAUCUCGGAGCGUCCCAUAGUUCACAGUCAGCAGUACCAAGAUUACUCGAAGAGCCAGCAAGAACAAGUGAAUUACCGGGAGCAGCAGACUGACGUACGGCCUCAGAGACCGCACAAGCCAUUGCGCGAUCCAAACAGACGAAGAAAGCCUAGCACUGCGUCGUACGAACCACCGGUAACGGAAGCUCCGGCCCAAGUUCCAGAGACCCUUGUCCCGGUGCCGACGCACGUGGAGGAAGCGCCGGUUCAGACCACCACGCCGGAAACCGUGACUCUAGCCACGGUGAGCACGCAGAAGACCAGGACUCGCAGACCAGGUGCUCCGUUGCGUCGAAGAAGACCAACGACCACCACCCCGGAACCUGUUACCGUACCAUCCACCGAGGACUACCUGAAAUACGAUAAUCAGGAAGAGAUAGCGUACCACGUGGACACAACGAAGAGAAGGCGAGUCAAGCCAACGCAGACGACUUACGAGGAAUCCGUGACCGAGAAGAAGGCCAACAUCAGGAAACGACCCGGUCACAGGAACAGGGUGAACCCUGGAGAACCUUUCGAGGCAGAGAUAGUCACCGAGAUCGUGCACACGCCUCACAACACCUACAAGACUCCCACCGAAUCGGUCCAACCCUACAACGAGUACAAUCAGUUCGUGACCAAUCAACCUAAUCAGCAAUUCGACUACACGUCUCAGAAAUUCGUGACAGUCGAAGAACAACGAGAGGACACCACUCAACCCUCGGUACUGGAAUACUACACCGAGGAAGCGAAAGUGAAACACGAAGACGAACAAACGAACGACAACUACAGUUUCCAUCAGAAUGCUGGCGUCGUCACGAAUAUUCCUCUGGAGGACCUGUUUAUCAGAACAGAGGGUAAUUACUACGAUCGCGCGACAGUGCUGUCCACCAGUCCGAGUGUGAGCACGAACGCAAAUAGCAGUCCAAGUGUCACCACCACUGUCCCCACGACGACGACCACGGUGCAGUCGAGCACGCAGCCGCCACCCUUAAGCUCCUCGACGGCCAGAUCCCACAAGAUCCGGCCGAUCAGGUACGGGAACACGACCAGGCCGCGUUUCAGCAUCAAGGACUACAAGAGCCGGUUGGAUUACAAGAGCAGAUUAGCUCAGAUUUCUAGCACAGAGGCGCCCGUGACGCAGCCGUCGCACACCAAGCAGAGAGGCUCCAUCAAGAGUCAACAGAGCCAACAGCAGCAGCAGCUACAAAAUGGUGAAACAUCCAGAGAGACGACUGGGAGGUACAAGUACGUCUCGAGGGUGAAUUAUAGGACCUCGUCGAGCAAUACACCGGUUCCCAAGGAUCAGGAAUUGGUCGCUGAGGACGGAACCUCGUCCACAACGGAGAGGUCGCACCGUUUCGUGCCGAAGAGGAGACCCAUCAACGGGAACGUGUAUAGGAGUAGAUUAUCAUCGACCAGUGGCAGUCCUAGUCGAUCCCAGAACCAUUACUCGGAGAGCGAUACGCAGUCGAAAGCCAGCACAGCCAGGCCAGAGAACGUGUUCUCCUCGUCAGUGAGGCGACGACCCGUGAUGAAAAGCAGGCUGUCAGCGCAAAGGGAGAGCUCGACUGCGGCGUACCCAGAGAGAAAAGAAACGGAUGCCACUGAAAUGGCCGCGGAGGAAACCAGUUUCUACUCGGCAGUCACUACAGCUGGAACCACCAGAGUCGCUGCUAACGAGAUCCCGGUUGAAAAGGAGGAAGCUGCCGCGACCAACGCGCCAGAGAGAUCGAACGUGAGCGAAGAGCGAAGCGACACGGUGGAAAGCGAGAACGGGCCGAGUGUCGACGAUGAAAACGAAAAGCCAGUGGAACCGGUUGCCAGCAGCACCGCCAAAACCGUGGACGAGAGUCAACUGAAGGAAACCGGCAUCGCGGAACACUAUUCCACCACGAGAAACGAGCCAACCACGGUGCAAAGCGGGAACAAAGCGAUGGAAGCAACGACCACGUUCGAAGUUCGAUCGGAGGAAGACGAGGAACUGUUCGCGAAAGCGUCGCAGAGCGUGGCCGACCUGACCAGUUCCGCUUCGGCCCUCUAUGACAAGCCUGGAAUGUUCAAAGCCGUCUCCCCGGAGAGCAGAGUGGUCGCCCCGCACUUCAAAAUACCCAACGACGAACCCACUCUUCCCAUCGAGGCCUUCUUCCAGGAACUGUCUAAGAAGAGUUAA